CAGGAGAGCAUCCCAGGGUUCCGCCCACUACCUUAACCGGAAGUUUGGCUUUUGUUGUCACACUGGAAGAAAAUGGCUGCUGCUGGUUUGAAUGGUCGCUAUAUGGAGGUGACGGUGUGGGGCUAAGGACAGCUAAGUCUCCUGCUGACCAURGCUCACCCAAAUACCGGUUGGCAGACCACCAUGCAACACGUUUUGGAAUAUGCAUUGGAUCGGGCUGAGUACAUUGUUGAAAGUGCUCGUCAAAGGCCAGCGAAGAGGAGAGCCUCAUCCGGAGGGAAGAAGAGUUUAUACCAGAAACUAUACGAGCUCUACAUCGAAGAGUGUGACAAAGAACCAGAGCUCAAGAAGCUGCGUAGGAAUGUGAACCUGCUGGAGAAGCUAAUGUGUCAAGAGUCCGUGUCGUGUCUGGUCGUCAACCUCUACCCUGGCAACCAGGGAUACUCCCUCAUGAUCCGCGGCAAGAAUGGAUCUGGUGAGAGCCCUAUCGAUCAAUCACUUUAUCAAUUUAUCAAAUAUUCACAAUUAAGGUACUUGUCGUGCAACAUGUCCAAGACACGAUACUGUGACGUCCAUGCCAUGACCAGGACCACCACAAAUGGACUCAGGAUGAUAAGUUGGCAGUUGGACGAGCCAUUACUGCUGGCCACAAGCUAUCCUCUGUGUCUGGAUCCAUCUAUCUCUGUCAACCUGUACAGCCAACCAACCUGCUCUAUACAAGCA